AUGCCGAGCCUCAGCUUUCCCUAUCACGAGCCCCGUGAAGGCUUUUGGGGUGAUGACUAUGUCAUGAGCUACUACGUUGCUGAGCUGUGCAACACCCUGACGAACGGUCUUUUCAUCAUUUACGGCAUCAAAGGGUUGCGGUCGUGCCUGAAGUACUCCAAUCCCAGCAUCUUCCUCUACACCUUCAUGGGCUAUUUGGUCGUUGGCUGUGGUUCUACCCUCUUCCACAUGACUCUGAAAUAUCCAAUGCAGCUCGUCGACGAGCUGGCCAUGAUCUACACGACAUGUUUCAUGGUCCACGCCACCUUUGCCUACGGGAGGUCCUCUCGCUUCUCAUUCUGCCUUGGCGCUGGCCUCGUCGGUCUCGCCUGGUUCAUCACUGCAAGAUAUUACGAGACCAAAGAUCCUCAGUUUCACCAGGACGCCUACGCCAUUUUGACCGCUACCGUGGUUUUUUCCAACAUGUAUAUCAUGGAAAAGGUUUUACGCCCCGCUCUGAAGGCCCGUGGGUCCAAGAGAGCGCCAGACUCGACGGUACCGACGAGUAGUGCCAUUCUGAAGCAGAUGUGGACAAUGGUUGCGACGGGUCUCAGCAUCUUUCUGGGCGGCUGGCUCAUCUGGAACCUGGAUAACAUCUUCUGUGCCAGGAUUCGCGUAUGGCGGCACCAGAUCGGGCUGCCGUGGGCGAUUGCGUUGGAAGGCCACGCGUGGUGGCACCUGAUGACGGGUAUCGGUGCAUACUACUACAUAAUUUGGCGCAUUUACAUCCAGCGCUGCCUUGACGGUGACGAGGACAAGUUCCGGCUUCACUGGCCUUCGGUAUUCAAGACGCCAGAAGUGAUCGCGGUAGACGAUGUACCUGGGCGACUGGCAGAGAAGAAGGCGCGGUGA